CUGCACACCCCUACCAAAAUGGCUGCUUUUGGACACACAUUUCCCUUCUAUGCUGACCCCAAGCCAACCUUCCCAAUGGACACCACCUUGUCUGUCAUCAUCACCAUCUUUCUGACUGCAUUGGUCACCUUUAUCAUCAUUCUGCCCGGCAUUCGAGGCAAGACGAGGCUGUUCUGGCUGCUGCGGGUGGUGACCAGCUUAUUCAUCGGGGCUGUGAUCCUAGCUGUGAAUUUCAGUUCUGAGUGGUCUGUGGGUCAGGUCAGCACCAACACAUCAUACAAAGCCUUCAGUUCUGAGCGGAUCAGUGCCAACGUGGGGCUGCAGGUCGGGCUUGGAGGAGUCAACAUCACACUCACAGGAAUCCCAGUGCACCAACUGAAUGAGACCAUCAAUUACAACGAAGAGUUCACCUGGCACUUGGGUGGGAACUAUGCUGAGGAGUAUACAAAAGCUCUGGAGAAAGGGCUUCCAGACCCCGUGCUCUACCUGGCAGAGAAGUUCACCCCUCGAAGCCCAUGUGGUCUAUACAACCAGUACCGCCUGGCAGGACACUAUUCCUCAGCAAUGCUGUGGGUGGCAUUCCUCUGCUGGCUGCUGGCCAAUGUGAUGCUGUCCAUGCCUGUGCUGAUCUACGGUGGUCACAUGCUGCUGGCUGCUGGCAUCUUCCAGUUGUUGGCACUGCUCUUCUUCUCCAUGGCCACAUCAUUCAGCGCACACUGUCCCCUGCGCCUGGGCACUGCUGUGCUGCGUACUCACCAUGGCCCUGCCUUCUGGAUCACAUUAACCACAGGACUGCUGUGUGUGCUGCUGGGCCUGGUCAUGGUGGUGGCCCACAGGAUGCAGCCCCAUAGGCUGAAGGCUUUCUUCAACCAGAGUGCAGAGGACCUCACGCUGAAGUGGAGUCCUGAAGAAGGGGAACUCCUGAGCCCUCGCUACCGGUUCAUGGCUGAGAGUCCUGAGCCUCAGGACAUUCCUCUGUCAGAGACUUCCUCUGAGGUGUGCUGUAAGGAGAAGCACCCCAAAGAUUCUGACUGUGCUCUAUAACACCCCUUUCCUGGCAACCACCUGGAUUUCCA